AUGGCCAAGGGCACCCAGGAGACCCAGCUAUCUGUCCAUUGUACCCACCGCUCACCCACAGGAUGUUUGGUACCCACAGGUUCCAUGUUUCGAAACUGUACAGAGGGCGGCUGGUCAGAAACCUUCCCCAGACCUGACCUGGCCUGUGGGGUUAAUGUGAAUGACUCAUUCAACGAGGCCAGCGAGAAGCGGCACAAGUACCUCCUGAAGCUGAAGGUCAUGUAUACGGUGGGCUAUAGCUCCUCCCUGGUGAUGCUCCUGGUUGCCCUCAGCAUCCUCUGUGCUUUCCGGAGGCUCCACUGCACCCGAAACUACAUCCACAUGCACCUGUUUGUGUCCUUCAUCCUGCGUGCCCUAUCCAUCUUCAUCAAAGAUGCUGUGCUCUUCUCCUCAGAUGAUGGCGUCCAGUGUGAUACGCACAGGGUGGGCUGUAAGCUGGUCAUGGUCUUCUUCCAGUACUGCAUUGUGGCCAACUACGCCUGGCUGCUGGUGGAAGGCCUCUACCUGCACACACUCCUCGUCAUCUCCUUCUUCUCAGAAAGGAAGUGCCUGCAGGGAUGUGUUGUCCUCGGAUGGGGUUCCCCAGCCAUUGUUGUUGCUUCGUGGGCUGUCACCAGGCACUUUGUGGAAGAUGCUGGGUGCUGGGACAUCAACGCCAAUGAGUCUGUCUGGUGGGUCAUUCGAGGGCCUGUGACCCUGUCCAUCCUGAUUAAUUUCAUACUUUUUAUAAACAUUCUAAGAAUCCUGAUGAGAAAACUUAGAACCCAAGAAACAAGAGGAAAUGAAGCAAACCAUUAUAAGCGCCUGGCCAAGUCCACCCUUCUGCUGAUCCCUCUCUUUGGAGUCCACUAUAUCGUCUUCGCCUUCUCUCCGGAUGAUGCCAUGGAGAUCCAGCUGUUUUUUGAAUUGGCCCUUGGCUCAUUCCAGGGCCUGGUGGUGGCAAUCCUCUACUGCUUCCUCAACGGGGAGGUACAGCUGGAGGUUCAGAAGAAGUGGCGGCAGUGGCACCUCCACGAGCUCCCACUGCGCCCCGUGGCCCUCAGCUCCUCCUUCAGCAACGGCACCAGCGGCCUCACCCAUGGCACCUCGGUCAGCCCCUCGGAGCCGAGCCGGGGCACCUGCAGGGCCAGCGUCAUCUGAGAGGCUGGAGCAGGGCCACGGACAGAGGCCAAGCCAGGUCCUGAGAGGGCAGGACACUGUUGCAGGACAGUCUGUCUUCCCGGCAGACACUGUAUGCUUUCUCCUAUGAUAAACAACACCCCUCCUCCAGACCUUGGGGUGGGGGUGCAGUGAAAACUCAGAACUGAACAGAUGGGACUUGGAGCACCAUGGGUAGUGGGGGCCUGGGAUUUAGGUCUGUUGUGUUCUUCUGGGAAGAGCAGUUCAGGGGGCCCAGAAGGGAGCAGGGAAAUGAAUGGUAGCUGGGAUGAGAGUUGGUCUCAGUGUUUGUCAGUCUUUUUGCCUUUCAGACAUAGGUGAGGGAGGAUGCUCUAGCCCACUCCCCUACCCCUUUCUGUAGAAGGGGCUUCUCUGAUCCCCGCUCCAGUUUUCAGGGACAAGCUUAGAAUCUCAGAAAACAUGAGAAAUGGAGGCUCUUGGCCCUAGAUGGAACCUCCGCGCUCCUCACCUGUCAAGUAGCUCUCAUCCUAGAGCAGCGGUUCUCAGCCUGUGGGUCGCGACCCCUUUGGGGGUCGAACGACCCUUUCACAGGGGUCGCCGGG